GUUCGUUCGGAUUGUUCUGUGCAUUUCAUAAAACAUACUUUCUCAAGAUGCAUUUUUGUGCGAAAAUCGUUUUAUUGACUAUUAUUUGCAGUGUAUAUUGUCAGAAUAAUAACUCUGGAACAAUUAAAGUGAAAGAUAUUUGUUCUAUAUGUACUUGCAACAAUGAUACGGGAGUGUUGGAUUGUAAUGCACGCCAAAUUUUAACUGUUUUUACUGAUGAUGAAUGGAAUAAACUAAUGGAUGACUCCAAAACUAACAUCAGUGUUGUGCAGAUGCAAAAUAAUGAAUUGACUCAUUUAUUACCGUUUCCUGCACUUGAUAUAAAAGUUUUAGACUUGAGUCUAAACAGGAUUUUAAGAAUUGAACCUGCAACUUUCAAAAAUCUCCAAAAUUUGACGGAGUUGAACUUAAGUAAUAACAGGUUGACAUCAAAGUUUCUAAUUCCAUCAGUUUUCGAGGGCGAUUAUUCUCCAGAUGCAUAUGAGCCAUUAAAAUCGAUGAAAGUACUGAAAUUGGGUAAUAACAUGCUACAUACAUUAGACCAAGAUUUGUUCGAACAUUUAGGAACUUUGGAAGUUUUGUCUCUGGAAUCAAAUCCUUUCAAAGUGAUAGACACACAUACAGAAACUGCUAUAUCUGGACUCCUACAUUUGCAACAUUUGGAUCUGAGCUACUUAGACUUAGAAACGCUUCCAAAAAAUUUGCUCCAUACUCCAAAAGAUUUGAAAACAUUGAAUUUGACUGGAAAUUUGUUUACAAAACUGCCUGAAAGUCUUCGGUAUGCCCAAAGUUUAACUUGGUUGAACUUGAAUGAGAAUCCAAUAACAUCCUUAGAAAGCGACAACAUUUUUCCAACGAUGUCUUCCUUGGAAGUACUUCAUAUGUGCUAUAUGAACGACCUCAUCAGCAUUGGUCAAAAGUCUUUAAGUGGAUUGAUAAAAUUAAAAGAACUGCAUAUGAAUAAUAACCCACGCCUAAAAUUCCUACAUGAAUCUGCCUUAUCUAGACAUGAUGACCAGCCAGGAUCUGAGGGAGAACUUUGGCCACCUCUGGAACUGGUCUAUUUACACAGUAACAACAUAAGUACAAUAGAUCGUCAUUUCAUAGGCAGAUGGGACAAUUUGAAAAUAGUUGAUAUUCGUUUUAACCAUUGGUCUUGUGAUUGUGAAAAUCAGUGGAUUGCUAGUGAAUUAGUUAAACAAAUCGAGGAAAAAACACCUCAACUUGUCCACGGAUUACAGUGUUCAGAACCAGUGGAAAUGAUAGGUGAAAAUUUAUUAACCAUUGAAAAAAAGCAUACAGAAAUGAGGUGCUUGGAUAAAUUUGGGAAUAGACCUGAGCGAGAUGGAGCUUUGUUGAUUGGAAUUCUUGUUGGUUUAAUAACAGCCUUGCCGAUUUGUAUAGCUGCAAUUCUUUGCUAUAGAAGAAGAUGCGGUUUAGUCAAUAGAGGUCCUGCCGAUUUUUCGAGAGCAUUUUACCAAAGAGCUGAUAUGGCCGAUGAUGCCAUGCACAUUUAA